AUGGCUUUCAACGUCCUCCUCUCCAACAUCAUCCUCCAGCUCUGCUUCGCCUCUUUCGGCCUCGCCGCUCCUGUCUCGACCGAAGCACUGGACAACAGUUGGCAGUAUGGCACUGGCGGCGGACUCAUUGGACUUGUUGUCCUCAUCCUGGAUAUUAUUGUCUUUGUCGAGGUCCUCAAGUCGAGCCGCACGCCCGUCCAGAAGCUCAUUUGGUGCCUGGUCGUCUUCCUAUUCCCCGUUAUCGGCAUGAUCGUCUACUAUCUCUUCUCAAACCGCUCCAACUACCAGCGCGGCUCCGGCUACGAGACGUUGGCGUAA